UUUACCUUUAUUCAUAGAAGUUUCUAAGCGGAUACAGUUUGCUCAAUACAGAAAGCAGCGCUAAGGAGCACCUAUUUGAACUGUACAGUGGCUUGAUCCGAAUAGCACGUCCAACAACUGGUGUUUAAACUGGGCUAAAUAGCAGCCUGGCCUUCAGUUUUCUUUGCAAUGGAUUGCACAACCGUAACUUAGUUGAACUCUGUUUUUACCUCUGCUCAUCUGAUUUUCAAAGAAACCCUGCUUUGCUUGGAUUGCACAGUUUGCGCCUGCACAAAUCCAAAUUCUCACAGCAGCUCUUGCAAUUUAGCUGCUGAGUGUUUGCUUGCUUACAAAGAUGUUACCAGGAUCUAUCCAGAUCUCUGGGGAGACUUUAUCAAGUGCUGAGAUUCGGGAUAUCUGUGAGAGCCUACGGGAAAACUCCAUUAAACUGCUAUCACUCCGGGGCUGUCAGUUGUCUGACCGAGAUUUCGGGCGCAUCUGCAGGGGGGUAGCAGAGUCUCACUCCUUGGCUCAACUCAAUCUUAACUUGGGCAUUGUCUCUAAUAUCAACCGGGUCAAGCAGUUGGCAGAAGCCCUGAAGACCAAUCGGUCUGUCCAGUCUUUGUUCCUCCAUGGGAGUCCCCUGACAGAUGCUGGCCUGGCUCUCCUCAACCCAGCACUCUCCACUCACCCCUCACUCGUGGCCUUGGAUUUGGGAGACUGCAUGCUUGGUGAUGAAGGUAUUAACCUGAUCUGUGGGCUUCUCCCUCCUGAUGGCGCCAAGUCUGGUUUGAAGGAGCUGACCCUCAGUGCAAAUCCUGGCAUCACAGCUAAAGGAUGGGGGCACCUGGCUAUUGCAGUGGCUCACAGUUCCCAGGUGCGAGUGUUGAACUUGGACUACAAUCCACUGGGUGACCAGAUAGCAGGGAUGCUGGCUGUUUCUGUGGCAUCCAGCCGCACCUUAGAGGUUCUGGACUUGGAAGGAACAGGACUUACCAACCAAUCAGCCAUGAUUUUGCUGGACAUGGUGGAAAACUACCCCACAGCCUUGCGGACACUGAUCUUGGCAGAGAACAAUAUCAGUCCAGAACUGCAGCAGCAGAUCUCUGAUCUCCUCUCUGAUGGUGAGGAAGAGGAGGAGAAUGAGACUCGAGAAGUAAUGGCCAGAGAGAAGAACUCGUGGAUCUGCCAGAGCAAUUCCAGUUCCCAGAUGGUCUUGGUAACAUCAGGCCUUGGAGAAAGUCUACUAGCAGAAACAGAGAUGUGAACACGAAAUCCCAGGUGCCUCUAAUGAAAAAACAUUUUCAUGU